UCCCCUCCGGCGCCCUACCGUCAGUCGGUCCCGCGAUUUCCUCACGAUCGCUCGUGUACAGUCGGUCUCAGUCAGUGGUGUCAGUGUGUGGUGUACAGUUAGCCGGCGUCUCAGCAGGUCGUCGACCGCGCGAGUAUGAGCUCUCGCCCGCCUCGCCAGCCGCCGCACUCCCGACCCCCGCUCUAGCUUCCACGAACAAGGCGAUGCGAGGGUGGUGCGCGCGGUGGUGGAGCGGCGGGUCGCGGUCGCGGCUGCGGUGGCUGGCGGCGCUGCUGUGCUGGGGCGCGCUGGCCGCGCUGGCGCUGCCCCGCCUGCAGCCGCCGCCCCCCGCCGCCCCCGCCCCCGCCCCCGCCGCCGCCGCCGCCCCCGGGGGCCGGGCCGCGCGCCUGCUGCUGCAGUCGGAGCCAGCGUCCACGGCGCCGCCCGGGCUGCCGGCCACCGACACGCGCGUGCUGUCAGAGGACGAGCUGCGCGCCGACGCCGAGCGCCGCCUGCCCUCGCUGCCGCUCGCCUACUGGCACAAGCACAAGGACGACAAGAAUAAGUUCCUCAAGAAGAAAGACUGCUCCCCGUUCCCCUCCAUAUACGAUCUCGAGUUCCACAACACCUACUGGCAGACGUUGCGGUCGAGCGAGGGCGUGUUCCACUUCUACGGGGCGUACCUGGACGCCAGGAACGCGUCCCGCAUAGGGCCCGCGGUGCGCGUGCUGGCCGUGCACGACCGCAUCAAGCCGACCGUCGUCUCCCACUGCCAGCUGUGGUUCGAGGAGCACACCGCGCCCGUGGUCGUGCGCAACCUAGAGUACAAAUACAUUUGGAACAGCAAGUGGGGCAACUACCGGGACCACGUGCUGCAGCCGUACCUGCUGGCGUGCGUGCUGCCGCAGGAGGUGCGCCACCUCGUGCCCGCGUCGGUCUCCAUCGUGGAGAACCCGUGCGACCGGGCCACUAACAAUCUGCGAGUUCACAACGAUCGCCCGGACCCGGCGGUCGGACGCAAGGAAUUCGCCGUUUGCGUGAAGGGACUCGACUUCCUCCACGAAGACUUAUCCGUGAGACUCGUCGAGUGGAUCGAGUUCGUGAGGUUGAUGGGAGCGGACAAAGUGUUCUUUUACGAGUUACAAGUGCACCCGAACAUAACGAAAGUGCUCGAUUAUUAUGCGGAACAAAACGUGGUGACGGUGACGACGGUCACCUUGCCGGGCGGGCAGCCGAACCUGCCCGGGCUGCAGCACAUGUAUCUGAAGAAGAAGACGACGCACAAGCGCCAGAUGGAGCUGAUCCCGUACAACGACUGCCUGUACCGGCACAUGUACGAGUACCGGUGGCUCGCGCUGCUCGACAUCGACGAGGUGAUCGUGCCGCUCGAGGACGACGACUGGAGCUCGCUGAUGAGGCGCGCGCUGCCGCUGUCGAAGCCGGCCGAGGGCAAGCCGCCGCGCAGCUCGUACCACGCGUCCAACCUGUACUUCCUGGACUCGCUGCGGCACGAGCACGGCUGGGAGGACGGCGUCCCGCGCUACAUGCACAUGCUGCAGCACGUGUACCGCACGCGCAACUUCACCAAGCCCGGGCAGUACGUGAAGGCGUUCCACGAGACGGACCGCGUGCUGGCGCUGCACAACCACUUCCCGCUGGCGUGCCUGGGCGGCGCGUGCUCGUCGUACGCGCUGGAGACGCGGCACGCGCGCCUGCAGCACUACCGCGCCGACUGCGUCACCGCGCUCAGCAAGUCCUGCGCCGAGCUGCGCGCGCAGCCGCAGCGCGACGAGGCGCUGUGGCGCUGGCGCGACCGGCUCGUGGCCCGCGCCCACCGCGCCCUGCGCGCGCUCGGCUUCCUGCCGCCGCACCGGUGACCGCCGGCCCGGCGCCGGCUCUUAGUCAUAAUAUUAUAUUCGACGCUAGUAUUAAACAUAUUUUUACGAUC